UUGCAACAGCUCCUUGUGCGCUUGCGCAAGGUGCAGGAAGACGGAAGUCCGUGAAGCUUCGCUUUAACUCAUUUCAACGGACAAAAAAGUAAAGACGGGAUCAGUUUUGGAGUGGAAGUGGAAUUCGACCAUCUCCCCACGACGUGAGAUGCCCUCGUGGAAAUGUGCAGUAGAAUAAAUCGACUUUGAAUUCUGCAUAAACCGGAUUAAAUUCUGCCAUGGCUCCAAAUCCAAUAACCCAAGCAAUUAUAGACUUCUCUGCUGGAGCAGCAGGAAUAGUGGUGAGAAAAAGCCCCUCUAAUACAACUGUUUGAGGAAGAGCGACCAUCUGCUGUGACUCGGGGGCACAGCUUGUGUGCUGAGUGGUCAGCCAUUCGACACAGCCAAGGUGAAGAUGCAGACGUUUCCAAGCAUGUACCGCGGCUUCAUCCACUGCUUGGUUUCCACCGUCAGAGAGGUGGGACCCUUCGGCCUCUACAAAGGCACCGCCCCGGCGCUGUUGGCCAACAUCAGCGAGAACGCGGUGCUCUUCCUGGGUUACGGCCUCUGCCAGGAUGCUGUGCGCUUUUUGUCCAGAAUGGAUAAAGGAGCCGAUCUCAGUGACCUUCAGAAGGCCUCGGCAGGCUCUUUGGCCUCCAUCUUCUCCUCCAUGGCGUUGUGUCCCACUGAGCUGGUGAAAUGUCGCCUGCAGGCCAUGCAUGAAAUGGAGGCGACCGGGAAGGUGGCAGCGGGACAGAGAAGCACGGUGUGGUCUGUGGUUAAGACGGUGUUGAAGACAAACGGCCCUCUGGGUUUCUACCAAGGACUGACGUCCACCAUCGUGAGGGAGAUUCCUGGGUACUUCUGCUUCUUCGGUGCCUAUGAACUGAGUCGAACUACGUUUGCAAAACACAUGGGCACAGACAAGGAAGGCAUAGGUAUUCUUCCACUGAUGUUCAGCGGUGGGUUUGGAGGAGCGUGUCUUUGGCUUGUAGUCUAUCCUAUAGACUGUGUAAAGUCCAGGAUCCAAGUGUACUCCUUAGCUGGGAAGCAGGAGGGCUUCAUGAAGACCUUCAUGGCUAUCAUACGCACUGAGGGAUUCAGUGCUCUGUACUCUGGCCUGACCCCUACCAUGAUACGCACCUUCCCUGCCAACGGAGCCCUUUUCCUGGCUUAUGAGUACACCCACAGGUUAAUGAUGGAUGCAGCUGGUCCCUGAUGUGGAGGAGGAUCCCCCUCACUACAGCCACCAAUAGUAUUUUUCUGACUGCUAUUUAAAUAUUGUUUGUUUGUUUUACUUUUUACAAGUUUUAAACUUUUUUAUGUCUAUCGCCUAAAUAAAAAAAUCACAGAAAAAUGUGUGUU